AUGGCACCCAACGUCGGCGGCAAGGUCUACAUUGUCGAGCAUCUUGAUCCUGAACUUGGUCCCUGGUCUGAGUUGGAGUACAUUGCCAUCGCGGAGGAGUCUCAGGGGUCGGGCAGCAGUUUCACGCUCUCGUCCCUACCAGAUGGGUUCAAGGUCCCCGAGCCCUUAAAGGCUAUUCCCGUCUUCAAGGCCACGCAGAACAGUGUUGAGAACAUCUACGCCGCGACCAAGAACACGGUUUGCCUGCUGGACCCAGCAGCAGAGAAGGAUCUGUCUCCUGAGGACGCUCAGGAGUUCGGCACCUUCCUCUUCGGCGGGAUUCUAGGCGAUGACCCUCCACGAGAUCGCACCUCGGAGCUGAGGAAGAAGGGCUUCCCAGGACGCCGGCUUGGUCCUGUUCAGAUGACUACGGACACGGCCGUGCGGGUGACACGAAUGGUGAUCCAGCAACAAAUCCCCCUGAAGGACAUCCCCUACGUCGAUCACCCUGAGUUGAAGAUCAACGAGCAUGAGAGCACUGAGAUGCCAUUUCGCUACGUAAAGGGAGAGGAUGGCGAGCCCAUCAUGCCCAAGGGCAUGAGGGAGUUGAUCGGAAAGGACGCCGACAAGCCCAUAGACGACCUAUUUUAG